AUGGAAGCCACUACAACUGCAGAUUCCGCUGUAUCUGCAGGGCAGAAUGCUAUUUCGUCAACAGCGCCCAACGAGCCAACCUUGACCGAGAAUUCAAUCCUCUCUGUAGUUGAACAGGCUGGCACUGCAGAUGUAAAUCCAGAUCCGCAAGCAGCACCAGCAAAUAUUGCAUCAGAAAUCCCUGAGUCGGGGUCUUCUGAUCCUCUCAAUAUGGUAUCUGCUGGUGGAGAUGCUCCAAGAGAGAGUUCUAGUAGAAGUGAGAGUGCAUGGAAUAGGAAGCUAAUGGAGGUCCAGAUAGAGGGUUAUAGAAGGCAAAAUUGGAUGGAUACUCCAAACGAUACCGACUGCCCUCACGGUCUGUCAACCCUUGAAUAUAACACCUUGGUUCAAAACCACGGGUGGACGGAGGUCUUCAACGUCCCAACGGAUCCCAAUAAUUAUUGGAAACAGGAAUUCACCACUCAGAAAGUUCCUGUGAUAGCCGCUCCGGGAACUGGUAAGCGCAAUGUGAACGACCAUAGAAUGGCGACUGGAGUAGGAUACCUCAUCAUUCAGGAUGUUAACCGAACUGAUGGACCGCGAGUAUAA